AUGAGGAAGCGAUGGGUCAGGAAAUUCAAAGACCUUGUUCCGCUUUAUCUCCAAGCACCCCCCCAUGUCUGGAUGCAUGCGCUAUACCAUCUCGGACAGAAUGAAGGACAAAAUGCAGUCAGAGAAUGGGCUGAGAGUCACCGAUCAUCACUCUCCAUUUAUCGACUUGCUCCUCCACCAACUCCCCUUGUCAUUCCGGUCCCUGCCAAUACCUCACACAUUCAAGUGAAGAAUCUUGUCAUACAUAUUCCAAACGCUUUUUCCACAGAGGUUGGAAGGGAGAUACUGGAGGCAUGGGACUCCUCAAACGCAGCCAGACCCAAGGGGUAUUCCGGGUGUAGUGCAUGUCACGCUUCCAAUAAUGAUGAACAUACCGACGAUCUUAUCUACCAACAAGUCCUACAUCUACUUGAAUGGAAGCGUUACAGCAAGGAAAUCUUCACCACUCGUGAUACCAAGCAGGAGGGAGAUGAAGAAGCUGUAUAUCAACUCAUCCUACUCUGUUCCACCAUAGCCAAACUUCUUGGACCUCAGGCCAAAUCCUUGGUCAAGCAACUUGACCCUGGCACACUAAACCCAGUCACUGAAUAA